AUGAUGUCGACACAGAUAGAAGAAAAGAGCCUGAACGAGUUCUCACUGCUAAUGUUCUCGGACCUGUCGGCGCAGCACAGCGGCGCGUACACGUGCCGCGUGUCCAACCACGCCGCCACCGUCAACUACACUGCCAACCUCAGUGUGAAGGUGGCUCCAUCGUGGAUGACGGAACCUCUCGACGCAGCGGUGCUGCUCGGCGCUCCGCUGCUGUUGGAGUGCGCUGCGAAAGGGUAUCCUGCACCAACUAUCACUUGGUACAGGCGCAUCGGUGACGGUGGUGAGGCAGAAGGUGGUGGUGAGCAGUGGGAGCAAGUGCGCGGCGCUGAGUGGGGCGUGGGGCAGAGCGCGGCGCGCACCCGCAACGGCUCGCUGGCGGCCGAGUCCGCCGCUCGUUCGCACCAGGGCCUGUACCGGUGCAUCGCGGACAACGGCGUCGGGCCGCCGCUCGUCAAGCCCGUCAACGUCACUGUACACGAGCCGGCACACUUCGAGGGCAGCGGCGGCAACGUGUCGUGCGUGCGCGGGCGCAGCGCCUCUCUCGUGUGUCUCGCGCUGGGUGAUGCGCCGCUGGACGUGCACUGGAGCCACCGCGGUGUGCGUCUCGACCUUACAUCCUACAGAGCGCUGCACCGUAGAUGGGCGGUGACGGAAGCUCGCACGGGCGGCGGGCUGCGCUCCACGCUGCAGCUGCGCGCCGCGGAGCGCGCGGACGGCGGCGAAUACCGCUGCCACGCGCACAACCGACACGGCCGCAGCGAGCAGCUCAUGUACCUACAUGUCGACGAACCGCCGGAAGCUCCUCGACGUUUGCUGCUGGGCGGCGUGGGUUCCCGUUGGGUGCGAGUGUCGUGGAGCUCGGCUUCUUCUGCGGCGCCCCCCAUGAACACCUAUACGGCGCUAUACACGGCUCUCCACGCUCUACCCGGUGCUGAGGCGCGCCAAAAUAUUGUCAACCUCACCUUGGAAACUACCGGUGAGGACAGAAUAGAUGCAGACGGUUUGCACACGCUGAGCGCGCGCCUGGACGGACUGCGACCGGCCUCAGCCUAUUCUCUCCGCCUCACCGCUUCUAACCAUGUGGGACAGUCACUGCAUUCCGAGCCACUACUUUUCUCCACAUUAGAGGAAGCGCCGUCGGCCUCACCGCAGAACGUUCGUGUCAGAGCAGCAAACGUGGGCGAGCUGCACGUGUCGUGGUCAGCGCCUCCUCAAGAUAACUGGAAUGGAGAACUACUAGGGUACGUGGUAUCCUGGCGAGAGCUGAGUCGGUUCGAUGAAGACGAUACAGAGGACAGCGACUCUUCACCACGUCACGCCGGCAACGCCGCGUCUGCGGGCUGGUCUAGUGUUGAACUCACGCUGUCGGGACUGCGUUCUUUCGCACGUUACGCACUCACAGUGCGUGCGUUUAACCGCGCAGGCGCCGGGCCGCACUCGCCCGCCGUGUACGCCACUACCGCAGACGGGGUGCCCGAACUAGCGCCACGCUCCGUCACCUGCGAACCGCUGUCACCGCGUACACUGCGCGUGCGUUGGACGCCGCUGUCGGCCCAGCAUGCGCACGCACUAAGGGGAUACGAUUUACAUUACGCGCCAAUACGUUUCACUUCAACUCGGAGAGGCAGCAUCGCAGGAGAGGCCCAGACCGCGCGUGCAGGCGUAUCCGGUGAAGCUACGCUUCAAGGGUUACAGGCCGCCUCUAACUAUUCUGUGUGGGUACGAGCCCGCGCUGACGCUGGACUGGGACCGCCCUCAACUCCGGUCUACUGUGAGACAACUGAGGAUGUGCCUGAAGCGGUGAUGCAGAUCCGGGCACUAGGCUGCGCGCCGGACGCGGUGCGUGUGACGUGGCUCGCACCGGCCAACACUGCGCGGCUCACGCACUACACCCUUUACACUCGGGAGCUAGGGAAAGUGGGUGGCGAGUGGGCGCAACGCGUGGAUGUUGCUGAAGCAGACAGGCCUCUGGGAGAGGGACUCGGCGGAGAGGUGUGGCGAGAGGUGCGCGGCCUGCGCGAGCGCACUGUCUACGAGUUCUGGGUUCGUGCGGCUACCGCCGCUGGGGCUGGGCCACCUUCACGUCCGGUCACAGCCGCACCCGCGCCACUUGCGUCGGCUCGAAUCUCGUCAUUCAGCCGCGUAGUGUACGCGGCUUGGGGUUCGCGCGUGCGUUUCCGCUGUGCGGCCGUGGGUGCUCCACCGUUGCGGUGGCGCUGGUCUCCGCUGCCAACCGCGCAUACCAUCACCGACACUGGUGACUUGAUAAUACACAAGGUGGAGUUGAUGUCGGGCGGCAACUAUACAUGCGUGGUGCGCAACGGCGGUGGGUCCGACGCGUUGUCAGUGUCGCUCGUGGUGCGCUUGCCUCCGGCUGCGCCGGUACUGCGCCUGGUACGCGCUGACGUCACGGCGCUGCUCUUGGCGUGGGACGUGCCCAGUGAUGGCGGCGCCGCCCUACUGGGCUACACGCUGCAGUGGUCCCGUGGCGACAGCUCCUCGGGUGAGCGCUCGCGGCAGGUGCCGCCGGCUGACACUGCGCACGUGCUCUCGGGGCUGGCGUGCGGCGCCGUGUACCGUGUCACGCUACGCGCGCACAACGCCGUGGGCGUGUCACCACACUCCAGGCCUCUCCUCACGCGCACGCGCGGCGACAAGGCUCGGGCGCCGCCAGGAAAGGCUCUGGUGUGGGCCAACAGCACAGUGUUACGGCUGAACCUGCUGGCGUGGGGGGGUCGCUGUCCGGUGACGUCGUGGAGCGUGGCCCUGCGCGCCGCCGCUAGUGCCAACUGGCUUGCGCUCGAAACCAACGGUGAAACAGCUGAGGCAAACAACCUGCGGCCGGGCUCGUGGUACGAAAUACGCGUGGUGGCGCACUCACCAGCCGGCGACACUGUUGCGCUAUAUAAAGCUGCUACACACACUAUUAACGGAGAGCGUUUGGGUGAAGCUGUAGAGGUGCCUGCUGAAGCACAUAGCGUGGCCUCAGACGACAAGGGAAAGCCAGGGGAGGCUGCGGCCGGCGCCCUCUGGCGCACGGGACUUGCGCCGGCGCUCUUCGGCGGCGGCCUAGCGCUGCUUCUCGCUAUACUCACUGGCGUGGUGGUGGCGCGGCGGCGCGCGGCUUGGUGCGUGCAGGACGAGUGCUCUCUGCAGCCGACCGCAGUGGGCCCACCUCACCCGCAACUGUACACUACGGAACCGAGCAAGAGGAACGGGAAGGCACUGACUCCACCUGACGUGACGGGGGAGCUGCACGAGAUCAGUCCGUACGCGACGUUCAGCAUGUCGGGGGCGGAGGCGCGGGGCGCGGGGUGCGCGCUGCACCUGCGCACGUUCGGGCGCGCCGAGGCGCUCGACCUCGCCGCGCCGCCGCCGCGACCCAACCUGCUCGCGCACAGUAACGAGUACGGGCGCGGGCGGGACAGCGACUCGGAGUCGAGCGGUUCCCCGUGCGCAGCGUGCGCCGCCGAACUUUACCGCCUGCCUGCCGCACAUCUCUCUGACACGCUCCCCGCAGUGGAGUCGAGCGCAGACGACACGUCGUACAGCGCGGGUGCGGCGAGGGGCGCGGGGGCGGCGCGGCAAGUGGCACGCGCGCGUCGCCGGCGCGAUCACGCACGACACGCCUCACAACCCACCGUCAGAUACUUCCCCAUGUCGGCAGCGGGGGCCGCGGGCACGAGCGCGAGCCGCCGCGAUCAGCUGCCCUGA